AUGUUAGAAGUAGUAGACAUACAGAAUAUUUUACAAAAACAAAUUACACAUGAUGUAAUAAGUAAUGUACAGUAUAUAAAUAAUAUUAAUAUUAUAUAUUAUUAUAUAUUAAUGAAUAUUAAUAUUAAUGAAAUAUUACCAAAUAAGGAUAAUACGUUAUUUAGUAAAAUUAUUGGAUAUAUUUACAGUAAAGAUAUAAAGAAUACAUAUUUAGAUAUAAAUAAGACUAACUUAGAUAAUACUACAGUAACAAAUGAGAUACUUAAUAAGAUAUCUAAAUAUAUACAUAAAGAACUUAAUGUAUACAGUACUAAUAACACAAUAAGUGACAAGUUAUACAAUAGUACAGAAUAUAAUACACAUAGUACAGUAAGUAAUGAUAAUAGCACAGAAUAUAAUAUGUAUAGUACAACAAGUACUAUUAAUAAUACAAUGUGUGAUAAUAGUACAGGAUAUAAUACACAUAGUACAGUAAGUAAUGAUAUAUUAAGUAAUAGUAAGUAUUUAGUCUUAUAUGAUACUGUAAUAGACACUUAUACUUACAAUAUCUUACACAUCCUAUUAAGUUAUACUUGCUCAUUGCUUAAAAACAACCAAUAUUAUCAGAGUGUAGACGUACUUCCAUUCGAUGCAUUAUAUAAUGAUAUAUUACCAGUAAGUUUACACAACUAUAUAAUCAAUGAGUUAAAUAUUCUGUAUACAUUAUUAAGGCAUGAUACAGCAGAAGAGGACUUACACGAUAUAUUUCAGAACAUAAAGAGCUUAUACUAUUACUACAACAGGAUAAUGAAUAUACAAAGUAUAUAUAAUAUAAAAAAAAGCAGUUAUAUAAUUAAUUAUAUAAACAAUAACUGUAAAAACAUUCCCAAUAAGGAAAUAGAUAAAUUUUUAAAUAACAAAAAUUUACUAUACGAAAAUUUAAACAAAUUUUAUAACGAAUUCCAGUAUGACACAAUAAUUGCACUAAUUCAGACCAGGACAGGCUCAGGCACGCCAAUAUUUGACAGAAUCCAUAAAGAUGACUUUUUAUGUAAUGUAUUGCAUAAGGUUAAUGCAAAACACACCAUAACUUAUUACACAUACUACAUUAUGUAUUCGAUAUGUAUAUCAGUAUUAAUUGGUAUAGGUGUAAUAAUUCUAUUAAAUAAUACACUAUGUGUAAAAUAUUCUAGUAAUUAUAACACAUUGUAUAUAAAUAAGUAUAUGAGUAUAUUACUUAUUGCUAGUACCAUAAUAAGUUCUGUACAAUUACAAACCCAUCUGCUUAACUAUAAAAAGAGUAUUUUAUCAUUAUUAGAAAAUGAAUAUGAUAAAUUAUUUAUGAGUGUAUGUGUAAUAAGUAUUAUAUCUAUAUCAAUUUUUUAUAUUAAUCCGUUAAUUAUUACAAAUAAUUUAUUUAAAUUAAUUAUUACUAUAUUUAGUAUAUUUAACGGUAUUUUUUGUUUUUUUAACAAUUAUAUCAAAAAAGGAAAUAUAUUUAAUUAUAAAAAUAUUAUUUAUACAGUAAUUUACAUCAUAAAUAUAUUAUUUAUAACAUAUUUAUUAUAUAAUUAUAAUAUAAUCUACACAUUUAACGGAUUAUAG